UGGUAUCUGCAACUGCGUCCUCCUGGAGGUGCGGGCACUUGGUGUUUUGCCACUUAGGUGGGACCAAACGAGCAAGAGCAGUGUGAAGUGGAGACAGCUGGAGCACAAGGGCCCGUACUUCACCCCGGCCUAUGAGCCCCUUCCCGAUGGAGUGCGCUUCCUCUAUGAUGGCAAACCGCUGAAGCUGAGCUUGGCAGCGGAGGAGGUCGCUACCUUCUAUGGGAAAAUGCUGCAUCUUGAGUGUACGAGCAAGGAAGUCUUUCGGAGGAACUUCUUCAGUGACUGGCGGAAGGAGAUGACAGCUGAGGAGAGGAAGCUCAUCACACACCUUGACAAAUGCGACUUCACGGAGAUCCAUAAGCACUUCAUGGAAAGAGCUGAGGCCCGCAGGACCCUGCCCAGGGAGCAGAAGCAGAAGCUAAAAGAAGAGGCCGAGAAACUUCAGCAGGAGUUUGGCUACUGCGUUUUAGAUGGCCACAGAGAAAAAAUAGGCAAUUUCAAGACGGAACCACCCGGCUUGUUCCGAGGCCGGGGUGAUCAUCCCAAGAUGGGGAUGUUGAAGAGGAGGGUCAUGCCAGAGGAUGUGGUCAUUAACUGCAGCAGGGAUUCCAAGAUCCCUGAGCCCCCAGCCGGUCACCAGUGGAAAGAGGUACGCUCGGAUAACACGGUCAUGUGGCUGGCUGCCUGGAUGGAGAACGUCCAGAACUCCUUCAAGUACGUCAUACUGAACCCCAGCUCCAAGCCGAAGGGGGAGAUGGAUUGGCAGAAGUAUGAGUUAGCACGACGCUUGAAGGGGGUUGUGGGCAAGAUCCGUGCCCAGUACCAGGCUGACUGGAAGUCGCCAGAAACGAAGAAGAGACAGCUGGCUGUGGCCCUUUAUUUUAUUGAUAAGCUGGCGCUGCGGACAGGCAAUGAGAAGGAAGAGGGCGAGACGGCUGACACUGUGGGCUGCUGCUCGCUCCGUGUGGAGCACGUCCGACUGCACGUGCCCGCAGGUGGCCAGGAGCACGUUGUAGAGCUGGACUUCUUGGGGAAGGAUUCCAUCCGCUAUAAGAACCACGUGACGGUGGAGAAGCUCGUGUUCCAGAACCUUCAGCACUUCAUAGAAGACAAGGACCCUAGGGACGACCUCUUUGAUGCACUGACUCCUUCCAGCCUGAACAAGCACUUGCAGGACUUGAUGGAAGGGCUGACGGCCAAGGUGUUCCGGACCUACAAUGCCUCCGUCACUCUGCAGGAGCAGCUGCGGGUGCUGACCCGUGCGGAAGACAGCCUAACCUGCAAAAUCUUAGCUUACAACCGGGCGAACCGGGCUGUGGCGGUCCUCUGUAACCAUCAGAGAGCGGUUCCCAAGACCUUCGAGAAGUCCAUGCAGACACUUCAAAAAAAGAUUGAGACAAAGAAGGCACAGGUGGCAGAGGCACAGGUGGAGCUGCAGAAGGCGGAGACUGACCUGAGAAUGAGAGGGGUCAGCAAGCCCAAAAGUUUCCUUCAGAAGCAGCGACGAUUGUUAAAGCUGGAAGAACAGCUGGCCCGACUGUGCGUGCAGGCCACAGACAAGGAGGAGAAUAAGCAGGUGGCCCUGGGCACUGCCAAGCUCAACUACCUGGACCCCAGGAUCAGCAUCGCCUGGUGUAAGAGAUUUGGGGUGCCUGUGGAGAAGAUCUACAACAAGACCCAGAGAGAGAGGUUUGCCUGGGCCUUCAGCCAGGCAGGCGAAGACUUUGAAUUCUAAGCAGCCUCUUUGCCACUGAAACUUCCCUUCUCACUGUGAAGCAGCAUUGUGGUUUUCUAGAAUAAAAUGUUGGGGGAAGGUGUUUGUCCUUGUGACCUAGAACAAAAGGCCCCAACAACACUGACUGACCUUGGAAACACCCUGAGCGUGGCCUGAGUCUCCUACCAGCUGCUUCCAGCCCCCCUGAGUGAGGCUUCUGUUCAGGCAGAAGAGGGUGGGGGGGCUGGAGGCCAGGGCAGCAGGGACACAUCACCAUAUACCUUAGCUUGACACAAGGUUACAGAUGUUCUUAGCACAGUUCCCAGGGGUAAUUUUCAGCCAAGCUUAAGAUGGAAUCCAGGACUCGAACAUGGCAAGCACCUGUGUUACCACGGAACAUACUUCCAGCCAAGCACACACGUUACCACGGAACAUACCUCCAGCCAUCUAUAGCCUCUGAUUCAUGGCUUUCUGCCUCGGUUUAGCAGCCUUGUAUUCUUCCAGGUCUCGUCCUGCUCCUUGAGUUUCUGUGUCCUCUGGGGUCACUGUCUUUUUGGGCACUGUUGCCUGGGCGUGCCUGCAGCUGGCUGGUGCUUUGCUCCAGUGCCCUGCCUGGAGUUCUGUACCCCACUGCACGAAUUCAAGUGAAGUUCUGGCUUCCCAUGCAAGCCCCAUGACAAGCCCAGAGGACUCCGGGGAAGUGUAGGUGUUGGUGCCCCUCCACGCCUAGGGUGCUCUCACAAUGGCUGGUAUGUGCCAGGGCUCAGCCAGCAGGAUCCAGUUCUUCCACAUCCCUCCCCUCCCCCAUGUCAGGCCUUACUGUGCUUAGACAGUAAGAGAAAGGAACUAUGGGAUACAGGAGGUGAAGGAGAAUGUUCUUUGAUGGAUGUGGCAGCCCCCGCCUGUAGGCUGCUCAAGAGGCUGAGGUGGAGAAUUACCUGAGUCCAGAAACAGGCCAGAGACAGCUUAAUGAGACCUCAGCUUCAAAAAAGGAAGGACAGAAGGAAGGAAGGAGGGACGGACAGACGGAAGGACGGACAGACGGAAGGAAGGAGGAAGGAAGUCUAGAGUGGGAAAAAUGAAGUGACUAGGAAGCUGUGUUUAGGGGCUCCUUUCAGUCCCUCAGCACUCCUGGUUUUUGAGAAUGGUUUCUGCUACUCAGGCUCACUUCAAACUCCUGAGCUUCAGUACAACUAUCUGUAAUAAGAUCUGACGCCCUCUUCUGUUGUGUCUGAAGACAGCUAUA